AUAAUAUAAUUUUACCCAGUGUCAUUGAACGCAACAGCACCACAGCGCAUGCGCUAACCUUUGACGUAUCACCUGAGCUAGCGUUCAAAUAAACCGGGAAAUAUCUGUUUAUUUUUAUUUUAUUUGGAAAUAAGGUAUGUGGUUUGUGACAAUGGCUGACCUGGAAGAAAUCUACCAACACUUUCAGAAUAAACUCUCAUCCUUACUGUGCAUGCUGGAUCUGUCCGCUGCUGACUUGCCCCAGCAGAAGAUAAAGAAACUGGGACAAGAAGUAUUGGGACUUGGAAGGAUGCUGGAGGAGUUUGAAAAAUGUGUCGAUCAGCAGAAAGAGCAACUACAGCAGCUGAAGGUCAAGUUUUUGCUGAAGUGUUUGGAACUUGAGAAGUUAUUUCAAAAUUAUCUGGAGAGUGUUCAGCACAUGAAGGACAACUUUCCCGCACACAUUCCUAAAAGGAAAAGUCCAGUCAAGGACAACAAGCCAGCAGAUAAUCAGCCAGCCUGGGCAGAAAAGACUAAGAAGAUCAACAGGAACUUUGUGAAAGAGGUGGAUUAUAUCACUACACAAGAGUAUGAGAGCAUCCCUCAGUAAGUCAUUUUUUUACAGUGUAGUUUUGCAUGACAA